AUGUGGCUCCUGGCGCUGUGUCUGGUGGGGCUGGCGGGGGCUCAACGGGGGGGAGGGGGUCCCGGCGGCGGCGCCCCGGGCGGCCCGGGCCUGGGUCUCGGCAGCCUCGGGGAGGAGCGCUUCCCAGUGGUGAACACGGCCUACGGGCGAGUGCGCGGCGUGCGGCGCGAGCUCAACAACGAGAUCCUGGGCCCCGUCGUGCAGUUCCUGGGCGUGCCCUACGCCACGCCCCCCCUGGGCGCCCGCCGCUUUCAGCCGCCCGAGGCCCCCGCCUCGUGGCCCGGCGUGCGCAACGCCACGACCCUGCCGCCCGCCUGCCCGCAGAACCUGCACGGGGCGCUGCCGGCCAUCAUGCUGCCCGUGUGGUUCACCGACAACCUGGAGGCGGCCGCCACCUAUGUGCAGAACCAGAGCGAGGACUGCCUGUACCUCAACCUCUACGUGCCCACCGAGGACGGUCCGCUCACAAAAAAACGUGACGAGGCGACGCUCAAUCCGCCAGACACAGAUAUCCGGGACUCCGGGAAGAAGCCAGUGAUGCUGUUUCUGCACGGUGGCUCCUACAUGGAGGGCACGGGGAACAUGUUCGAUGGCUCCGUCUUGGCCGCCUACGGCAAUGUCAUUGUAGCCACGCUCAACUACCGGCUUGGGGUGCUCGGUUUUCUCAGCACUGGAGACCAGGCUGCAAAAGGCAACUAUGGGCUCCUAGACCAGAUCCAGGCCCUGCGCUGGCUCAGUGAGAACAUCGCCCACUUUGGGGGGGACCCUGAACGCAUCACCAUCUUCGGAUCUGGGGCAGGAGCCUCCUGUGUCAACCUCCUGAUCCUCUCCCACCACUCGGAAGGGCUGUUCCAGAAGGCCAUUGCCCAGAGCGGCACUGCCAUUUCUAGCUGGUCUGUCAACUACCAACCACUCAAAUACACGCGACUGCUGGCUGCCAAGGUGGGCUGUGAUCGGGAGGACAGCGCCGAGGCUGUGGAGUGUCUGCGCCGGAAACCCUCUCGGGAGCUGGUGGACCAGGAUGUGCAGCCUGCCCGCUACCACAUCGCCUUUGGGCCCGUGGUGGACGGUGAUGUCGUCCCUGAUGACCCUGAGAUCCUCAUGCAGCAGGGAGAAUUCCUCAACUACGACAUGCUCAUUGGCGUCAACCAGGGAGAGGGCCUCAAGUUCGUGGAGGACUCGGCAGAGAGUGAGGAUGGCGUGUCCGCCAGCGCCUUCGACUUCACGGUCUCCAACUUCGUGGACAACCUGUAUGGCUACCCAGAGGGCAAGGACGUGCUACGGGAGACCAUCAAGUUCAUGUACACAGACUGGGCUGACCGGGACAAUGGCGAGAUGCGGCGCAAGACCCUGCUGGCACUCUUUACUGACCACCAGUGGGUGGCACCGGCUGUGGCCACCGCCAAGCUGCAUGCUGACUACCAGUCUCCCGUCUACUUUUACACCUUCUACCACCACUGCCAGGCUGAGGGCCGGCCCGAGUGGGCGGACGCAGCGCACGGGGAUGAGCUACCUUAUGUCUUUGGUGUGCCCAUGGUGGGUGCCACUGACCUCUUCCCCUGCAACUUCUCCAAGAAUGAUGUCAUGCUCAGCGCCGUGGUCAUGACCUACUGGACCAACUUCGCCAAGACUGGCGACCCCAACCAGCCGGUGCCGCAGGACACCAAGUUCAUCCACACCAAGCCCAACCGCUUCGAGGAGGUGGUGUGGAGCAAGUUCAACAGCAAAGAGAAGCAGUACCUGCACAUCGGUCUGAAGCCGCGCGUGCGCGACAACUACCGGGCCAACAAGGUGGCCUUCUGGCUGGAGCUCGUGCCGCACCUGCACAAUCUGCACACGGAGCUCUUCACCACCACCACGCGCCUGCCGCCCUACGCCACGCGCUGGCCGCCGCGCCCGCCCCCUGGCGCCCCGGGCACGCGCCGCCCGCCGCCCCCCGCCACCCUGCCGCCGGAGCCGGAGCCCGAGCCGGGCCCUCGGGCCUACGACCGCUUCCCCGGGGACUCCCGAGACUACUCCACGGAGCUCAGCGUCACCGUGGCCGUGGGUGCCUCGCUCCUCUUCCUCAACAUCCUCGCCUUUGCUGCCCUCUACUACAAGCGGGACCGGCGGCAGGAGCUGCGGUGCCGGCGGCUCAGUCCCCCCGGCGGCUCCGGCUCUGGGGUGCCCGGCGGGGGCCCCUUGCUCCCCGCUGCCGGCCGCGAGCUGCCACCCGAGGAGGAGCUGGUGUCGCUUCAGCUGAAGCCGGGUGGGGGCGUUGGGGCGGACCCUGCAGAGGCCCUGCGCCCCGCCUGUCCGCCCGACUACACUUUGGCCCUGCGCCGGGCGCCGGACGACGUGCCUCUCUUGGCCCCCGGGGCCCUGACCCUGCUGCCCAGCGGCCUGGGGCCACCCCCUCCCCCGCCGCCCCCCUCCCUCCAUCCCUUCGGGCCCUUCCCCCCGCCGCCCCCCACAGCUACCAGCCACAACAACACGCUCCCCCACCCCCACUCCACCACUCGGGUAUAG